AUUUUGCUGUCAAAGAGCUCUGAAAGUGUUUAUUUAAUAAAAUAGGUUUUUUUGGUACAUAUUUUAUUAACAUUCGUUAAUUGUGUCCUGUGAUUCGUUCUACGCAUCUUGAAAAUGGAAAACACAGAGACCCUAAACUCCAGGACUCUACACCGUCAAGAGUUCACUUGCAAGUAUUGUAAACAAUCAUUUUCAAAAAAGUUUAAUUUAAAUCGGCAUUUAAAAAAUACUCAUGGAGAAGAAGCAAUUGGUAUAUUGAACAGCAAAAAAUGUCACAUCUUCUGCAUUAUUUGUUCAACUGAGAAGGUUAUUGGAGGUUUCCUAUCUUAUAAUGAUUAUAUAUCACACUUGAAAGAAACUCAUAAUGUCCAGGUAGAAGAGAAGUUAUACCAUUUUGUGAAAAAAGAAGAUUUUGAGGUAUGGAGAAGCUCUGAAGAGAAAGAAGUCAAUUAUGCACUUCAAUGUACUAACGUAGAAAAGUCACGUACCAGAAUAUAUUAUAACUGUAACAGAAGUGAUUCACGAGGUUUUGUGAGCAAUUGUUCAAAGAAAAUUUCAAAAACUGGUGGAAGCAUAAAAAUUAAUGGUACAUGUCCAUCAAGAAUAAUUGCAACAUUUUUGCCUGAAGGUUCAAUCACAGUAAGGUAUAUUCAGACACAUGUAGGACAUGAAAUAGAAGUACGAACACAAAGGUUGUCAAAAAAUGACCAGAAAUAUUUAGUAGAUCAGUUAAAGGCAGGUGUAUGUACAGAAAGGAUAGUGAAAAAUGCAAGAACAGUGAAAGAGAGUGACAAACUUACUAGAUUAAAUUUAGUGACGAGGAAUGAUUUAUCAAAUUUGGCAAGAAGAAAUAAUAUUGAAAAAAUGAGACAUUCCAAUGAUAUGGUUGCAACUGCAUUAAAAGUACAUGAGUGGAAUUCUGAAGGAAAAAACUAUGUGUUUUUAUUCAAGCAACUAGGGGAAACCCAUUCUUUUUUAAAAGUUAAUGACUUUGCUUUGGCUUUUAUGAAUAAAACAAUGGAACAGAAAUUUAGGGAGUUUAAUAGGAUAGUUUGCAUGGAUGGGACGCAUGGACUUACUAAAUAUAAGGGAUGGGAACUAACAAUUUUAUUGGUGAAAGAUGAAACCAAAGCUGGCUUUCCUGUUGCUUUCAUGAUUUCAAAUAGACAAGAUCAAAUGAUUCAAGAAAUUUUCUUGGGGGCGUUAAAAGAAAAACUAGGUACAGAUGCACCAAUAUCUACUGAAUUUUUAAUGACUGAUGAUGAUGUAAAGUAUUAUAAUGCCUGGGUAAAAACUAUGAGUAACAGUCCAAGAAGGCUUCUUUGCACAUGGCACCUUUUAAAAAAUUGGAAUAUUCAAGGAAAAAGGAAACUCAAAACACAGGAAUUAAAAAAUACAAUGAGGAAAGAUAUGAGAAAAAUUUUAACAGCCACAAAUGUUCAAAGUUUUCAAAAAAAUAAAGAAAAUUAUUUAAAAAUUUUACAGGAACAAAACGAAACUGAAUUCAUUACAUAUUUGCAGAAGUAUUACUUUUGCAAUGAGGCACGUAUUAUGUCUUGGGCUUUCUGUUACAGAUCUGAAGUAGGAAUAAACACCAAUAUGGCAUUAGAAAGUUUAAAUCGUUAUAUAAAAAAAGAAAAACUUCACAACAAUGGAUACAUUCGCCUUGAAAAGCUGCUAGAUGUCUUAGAAGAGGUUGUUGAUGACAAAAUGUGGAAAAGGAUAAUUUCAAUAAAACGCCCCCACAGAAACACCUACCAGGGGAGGACUGUUGCAAAAGCACAUAGACAAGCAGAAUUAAUUAAAAAUUGCGUGAAAGUAAAGGGGUUUGGAUCAUUUAUAAUCAAAUCAAAUGAGAAAACUUACUGUGUAACAUACAAAGAGACAUGUUUAUCUAAAAAUUGUCGAGAAAUGUUUUGUGAAGCAUGCAAAGUGUGCUUCCACAAAUACAGAUGUGAAUGUAUAGAAUAUGUUGUUAAAAGUACUACAUGCAAACAUGUACAUGUAGUGGCUAUGUAUGAACAAAAACAACUUUUGAAUAAUAUAUCAUUUAAUGAAGAAAUUAAUUUAAAUCCAAUAAAUGAAGGGGAAAUUAAUGAAUUUUUGUUGGAGAAAAAUUUAAAAACUGGAAAUGAAGUCGAUUUGACCCUCAGAAGAAAAUUUGUUUCUGAUCAUGUCAAAAAUUAUGUGAAUGAUAUGUUAACCUUGAAUGAUGAUGCUUUUGAAGUAUUUGCAAAAAAUUUUGAAAUCUUUGUAAAUAAAAAUGAUAAGGAUUUAGGAAUACUUGGAAAUAAGAGAAAAUUUGCCAAACAAACAUAUUACCCACAAGCCUAAAAGAAAAAAGACCACCCCAUUCUGAGAUAAGUGACCUAAGUAUCCAAAAUUCUAUUUCUUGAUUAUGAUCGUUAUAGAUUAAUAAAAGACUGCUCAUUAAAUUUUGAAGUCAAAAAUAAUUUUCCUUGCAUAUUUUGUUUUUAACAUUGUUUAUUCUUUCCUUCCUCCUUUAAAAUUUAUUUUCUCGAAGCGCGUCAAAUACCCACAGAAUUUUUAAGUAAAUAUCCCACACCUAAGAAUUUGUUGAACCUGUAUUCUUUGUAUUAAAAUAAAAAAUAAAACUUCCAUAAAUUAUAUAAGUAUUUUUAUUUUUUCCUUAAACCUAACAGUUUUUUUAUACUGGUAGAUUAAUAAUUUCUGUAGUUCCUUGGAUAUAAUAUAAUAAUAAUUGUAUUAUCUCCUCCCUACUAUAGUUUUCUUGCCAUUGUUUUGCCUCAUCAUGUCAACGGAUACAAUCAAAAGUAAACAAG